GUCCGUCUUUAUUUACGGAAGUCAGCAGAUGUCCGCGAUGGGGGAAGCUGCCGGGCCGCUCAUUAUCGGAUCGGCGUCUUGAGUGGAACGGCUCCAGGUGAAGGUGAAGUCGACUCGGCGCCACCACAUCUCUAAGUUCAAGUUGUCCACCAGCGGCUGUGCCCGCUCGUCAUCUGCGUCUCUGCCUUCCUUCACUCCCCGUUUUCCUCGCUCGAAGACGGAGCAGGUAAACAGCAGACGACCAUGGUCAUGCAGAGCGUCCUAACCACGCCACAGCGAGUGCUGCACACUACUAUUGCCCACGUCUCCAAGCCCUCAGCGUCGGGCGCGCACACAUACACGCAGUAUCUCGUGCGGGUGUCCGAUGAGCGCUCGCCUGGCCUCAAUUGGACGGUCUAUCGACGCUACUCCGAGUUCCGCAACUUUAAGCUCGCGCUUGAGGAGGCUGUCAAGCGCGGCGACAUGUGCGCACACUGCUCUAUCAUGUCCAAGCGUACCUGCUUCGUGCUCUUCCCGCAUCGCCGACUCUUUGGCAACCUGCGCGAGAAGACGCUGGAGGCUCGCCGAAUCGGACUCAAUGCAUUUCUCGACGCAGUCGCCAAGCACGCACGCACAUGUCGAGAGAGCAUGACGUGCCAGACGCGGCUGCUUAUGGAUAAAUUCCUCAUGGUCAACGACAUGCGCUACACGUAUUUGAACGUUGACAUGAGCGAGGCCAGCGGCGCCGACCGAAGCAGCAAAGCGUCAGCGGGCGAGAAGCAGGUAUCGAUGAGCGGUCUCUCGCACCGUUCCAUUUCAAUGGUGAAUCGCACUGACCGACUCAGCGGCUACUCGGACUACCGCGAGGAAGCUGUGCGGAGCUGCACCGAGGAGUGGACACACACUGACAGCGAUGAGCUCAUUAAACCGUCGACUGAUUCGAAGGCAGAUCAGCAGCAGGAGGAGGCGUCUACGAUAAACAGCACUACACAGAAGGAUAAUCAGCUUCAGGAAGACGAUAGUGGACUGGCCGUGAAGCGCACUACGAUGCCUAAUUUGCUGUCUUACACGAACGACCGUCGCUCCCGCACGCAUUCGUGGAACGACAACACUUCAUUGCCUGCGGCUCGGCAGAGUUUAAACUCCGAGUGGGAACGCUCAGCCUACAAGCAGCCGCCUAGCACGUCCACGUCCCGUCAUUCGGACCCUGGACUUGCUCGGAACGAGCUACUGAACUUCACACGUGGCAGCUUUUCGGGAGGUGGUCGUCCCCACCGUGCUGAGGGCCGACCGCGCUCUCGCAAAGUGCACUUGUCGUCGGCCGCUAAGCGCGUAAAGAAGCUAGAGGAAGCGGAAGCGCGUUUCUCGGUACAGUCGCAGACCCGGAAGCCCAAGUGUCUCCCACGUCUUGCCACGAUCCACGAGUAGAGUGUCAAGCUAGUUGCUCUCCGUUAGAUCUUCACCCAACCAAACCGCCGGCAUCGAAGGCGGCGCUUGCCGUGUACAGUUUUUAUCUAUCGAAACAUAACUUACAAACAAGAGAACAUCAUGAGCAUGUACACUUCCAGAGCUUGCUGUGAACCAUGUUUCCGUUCCCUAUGCAAUUUUAAUCCAGUGGAUUCAUGAAGCCAGCAGUGCCUUUUCGACGCAGCGUUGAACAUUACUAGUAUUAGCGAAACGCAUCUCCG